AUGGAACUUUUCAAGGACCCUGACGCUGACGUCACUGCCAAGCUCGAGAACGUCAAACGGCAGCAGCACUUUGAUCAGCUUGACGACGAGGAGAAAGAGGAGGAAGCGAAGGUGAAGCAGCAAGCCAAGUCAUCCGAAGACCUUCGCAAAGCAAGGAUUGAGCAGCAGCAGAGGGUCAAGGCUCUUCUAGCAAAGAAGCAGAAGGAUCGAGGUGGACGAUGCAGGAGGGAGCACAAGGAGGAAACGGAAGGGGAUCAUGCUGCUGGAGCGAUGUCUGAGGAGGAGGAGGGGACAGUGAGAAAAGGCUACAUGACAGAUGACAUCGUCAGCGGGAGCGAGGAGGAGGAGGAUAGCGCGAUGCGGUAG